GUUGCAAUUUUGUUCAUAAUUGGGUCUUAAACCCUUUUUAAUCAUUGAGUUCCUCAAAAGUGGAAAAAUGAUUUCUUCACUCGAAUUUCUGACCCAAAAUAGUAGAAAAUGACUAAAAAUGAUGGCUCAUACCCACAUGCCUUUAUUAAUAGUGGUUUGGCCACGGGGGACAACAGAGCCCAGGAAACUAACCCAGAAGAAGAACGAGAAGGUAGGCGUGGAGAGAGGAAGGAGAAGGAUAAGGAAGGGGAUCAGUUGUCACUUUUGACUUUGUUGGUGGUUGCUUUUAGGAAGUCUUUAAUUGGGUGUAGUUUUUCUUCUAGUAAAGAGUUUUGCUCUAUGGAGAUUGGAGUGCCCACCAAUAUCAAGCAUGUUGCCCAUGUGACGUUUGAUAGGUUCAAUGGGUUUCUUGGUUUGCCAGUUGAGUUUGAGCUGGAGGUUCCCAAGAGGGCUCCCAAUGCCAAUACAAUUGUAUUUGGAGUUUCAACAGAAUCUAUGCAGCCUUCAUUUGACUCUAGAGAGAAUAGUGUACCAACAAUACUUUUGCUGAUGCAAAAGCACUUGUAUGCCCAAGGAGGCUUGCAAGUCUUAGUUGAAGGAAUUUUCAGAAGUAACGCUGAGAAUGGCCAGGAAGAGUAUGUAAGGGAACAGUUAAACUUGGGAGUGGUUCCUGAUGACAUAGAUGUGCAUUGCUUGGCAGGUCUUAUCAAGGCCUGGUUUAGAAAACUUCCAAGAGGUGUUUUGGACACUCUUUCAGCAGAGCAGGUGAUGCAAUCCCAGACAGAAGAGGAAUGUGCUAGGCUUGUGAGGCUCCUUUCGCCAACAAAAGCAGCUCUGCUAGAUUGGGCUAUAAAUUUGAUGGCUGAUGUUGCACAAAUGGGGCAUCUGAUCAAAAUGAAUGCACGUAAUAUUGCAAUGCUGUUUGCACCAAACAUGACUCAAGUGAUGAAUUUUCUUACAAUGCUUAUCAUUAAGACACUUAGAGAAAGAGAAGACUCUAUGGUAGAAUCUGCUCUUGCUUCCUACCUAGAGCCUUUUGAUAAGAAUGGGCACCAAAGCUCUUCACAAGUGUAUCCUGAGAAUGCAGUGGAGGAAAUUCACAAUGGAAAUGAAGAAGAAGUAUUUCUCACUGAAGAACCUCCCAUAGAAAGCCCCACUCACUCUACAAGAGAGGAAUCUACAACUAAAGGAAAUUGUCAAGGUCUCCUAAUGUCAAUCAAGAACAUCAUUCCUUUCGGAUAUCAAUGCUUAGUUGAUAAUAGCCCUUGGCAGGUUCUUUCUCAAGUAUCCUCUUUAACAACCAAACUCCAGCAAAGUGGCCUCACAAGUUCAAAAGGCAAGAGCAAAAAAGGUCAAUCUAUUUUGAAGCUCAAGAAGAUAUCUACAAAGGUCAAUGAACGACAUAUAGUUUGUGUAGCUGGAGCUGUAGAGAAUAAUAGCAAGAGAAUGGGGCUUGUAAGUUGCCCAAAUUCUCGGGCAGAGCUUUUUGAAGCUUGAAGAUGAAGGGCAAUGAAGGGUGUUGGGUAGAAAAUGGCAUUCUAAUGUUUCCAUCUGCAGGGGUGGGGAACAAGUGUUUGUGUAAGAUUUCUUGUGUGUUUUUGUACGUUUUUGUGGGUUGAAAUUUGUUUACUUUUGUUUCAUAUUUCCUAACUCCUUCUAACAUUCUCUACUUCCAGGUACAGCUUCUGGUCAACUGAAAUUCCUUAUCCAACUUCCUUGAACAUUAGAAUGAACAGUACACGUUUAA